UCAUUGCUAUUGUUGUUGACUACCACCUGCACACCCCCAUGUACUUCUUCCUGUUGAACUUAGCCAUGAUAGACCUUGCCUUCAUUUCAGUCAUAGUCCCGAAAUCUAUGGCUGGUUCCCUUAUGGAGGAUGAGUCCAUUUCUUAUCCUGGGUGUGUUGCUCAAGUGUUCUUUUAUUUACUUUUGGCACCAUUAGAUUUUAUUAUCCUAACUAUAAUGGCACAUGAUCGUCAUAUUGCAAUCUGCAGCCCACUUGAGUAUGGUAGAAUUAUGCACAAAGGAACCUGCCUUGAAAUGGUGGCUACUGCAUGGAUAUUUAGUGUUUUUUAUGCCACAUUGCAUACAUCUGCCACCUUUGCAAACACCUUCUGUUCUAAUAUUAUCCACCAGUUCUUCUGUGAAAUUCCACAUUUAUUAAAGAUUUCUUGCUCUGAUGUUUAUUUAGUUGAAGUUGGGCUUCUUGCUCUAAGUUCUAGUGUAGUACUAGGAUGCUUUGUCUUCAUUAUCAGAACAUAUGUGAAGAUCUUUACUGCAGUGAUGAGAAUCCCAUCUGUACAUGGCCAGAAAAAAGCUCUUUCUACUUGUAUUCCGCAUCUCACUGUUGUCUCUCUCUAUGUCUUAACUGGAGUCUUUGCCCAUGUAAUACCACCCAGUGAUGCUUCUUCUACUCUGGAUGUGGUUUCUGCUAUGAUGUAUUCCACAAUUUCUCCCACCCUGAAUCCAUUCAUCUACAGCAUGAAAAACAAAGAGAUCAAGGCUGCCUUAUGGAAACUCUUAAAACUAACAUUUUCUUCUACAGUUGUUUUCUGA